AUGCUUAAGGCUAAACUACCCACUCCUGUUAUUCCUCACGAAAACCGCCCCCUUGAAAGCCCCCCUCGUUCGUCAUCCGCUUUGUCCGGUUUGAGGUUGCCAACAAUUUCGCUUCCGGAUUUUGACGGAGAUUACAAGCAGUGGCUUACCUUCCACGAUACGUUUCUCGCAUUGAUCCACGAGAACGUAGAACUUCCACCGAUCCAGAAGUUCCAUUACCUCCGUGCAGCGGUGAAGGAUGAAGCAGCGCAAAUCAUCGAGACGAUUGCCAUCAGUGCGGCCAACUAUCCACUGGCUUGGCAAACAUUGGUCGCUCGUUAUUCCAACAAAUAUCUAUUGAAAAAGCGACAUUUACAAGACCUGUUGGAAAUUCCCAGGAUGAAAAAGGAGACCGCUGCCGCGUUGCAUUCCGCGGUAGACGAUUUUCAGAGGCACGUGAAAAUCCUAGAACAAUUGGGUGAGCCAACUGCAAAUUGGAGUACCCUGCUGGAGCAUCUAUUGUGCAUACGAUUGCAUGAUGACACAAUCCGAGCAUGGGAGGAUCAUGCAGAGACUGUUGGAAACCAAACGUACAAAUGCUUGGUAGAAUUUUUGGAAAAACGCAUCCGUGUUCUUGAGAGUGUUUCGGUCAACCAUAAUAAUAUAGCUCACCAAACCACGCCCGCUGCAGGUGUCAACAGUACUCAUCAUCGAAGACCCUCGUACCCGUUUAAAAUGUCUACUCACGCCGUCACGGAAAGUUCAGCCCCCAAAUGCCAUGCAUGUGAUCAGCAUCAUCCUCUAGUAAGAUGUUCGAAAUUCGAGAAGAUGACGUUAGCUGAGCGUUUACGUACUGUGAACUCAAAACGACUCUGCCUAAACUGCUUUCGCCAUGAUCACUUCGCCCGUGAUUGCUCCUCUUCUUACUGUUGUCGGGUGUGCAAGAAAAAGCACCAUUCCAUGUUGCACCCUGGGUACAUUGGGAAUCCCAAUGGACUUGGUACUGAAUCGCCAUCCAACAGAGCGAUUUAUUCGGGUGGUCCACCACAACAAUCAUCCAACGUUCAAUCCAGAAUUUCAUUUCAAGAAGUUUCUAACGCAACGAAGUUACAGACAGUGAAAUGCAGCAGCACGAUUUACAAUCCCCACCCAACCGUGUUCAUGCUAACAGUGGUGCUGCGCAUCGUAGAUGUCUACGGGAAGGAGCACUUCGCCCGUGCUCUGCUGGACAGUGCCUCUCAGCUGAACCUAAUGUCCGAUCGUUUGGCUCAACUGCUCCGUUUGCGUCGACAGAAGGUGAAUGUUCUCGUUCAUGGAAUUGGUGAGAAGCCUGAACAUGCUACGGAGUCUGUGACGACUAAAAUCCUCUCCCGCAAAAAUGAAUUCGCUAAAGAUGUUAGCUUUUUAGUUCUCAAGCGAAUGAUGUCAAAACUGCCAGCUGAAGAUGUACUUGUUGAAAGAUGGAAUCUACCCGGCGACGUGUUCCUAGCUGAUCCUGGAUUCAAUCGGUCGAGCGAGAUCGAUCUCGUCAUAGGAACACAAUUUUUCUUCGAUUGUUUCCCCACAGCGUCUAAAAUUCAACUCUCAGGUAAUCUUCCCAUAAUGGUUGACAGCGUGUUUGGCUGGAUAUUUGCUGGAAAUUGCCAUGUAGUUCCAUCUGUUAGUGAUGCCGUUAGCUGCACGACCGUCGCCCAGUCGUUAGCCCCGCUGGAAGAAUGCAUGGAAAGAUUUUGGAAGAUAGAAGAACUCCCCGUCAGAUGUGAUAUGUCACCCGAAGAAAAGGCUUGCGAAGAGCUUUAUAGGUCAACCACAUCCCGAAACGAUGGUGGGAGAUAUGUUGUUCGGCUACCGAAACAGCCCAACUUCGCUGAGAUGGUUGGUGAAUCGAAGUCCAUCGCAUUACGCCGAUUUCACCUGCUCGAGCGAAGACUUUCGAACGAUACUGAUCUGAAAGAGAGCUACGAUAAGUUCAUGGCUGAUUACGUAGCUUUAGGACAUAUGCGUAUUGUACACUCUGACUAUACUCCUGAUUCACACGUGUACUACUUGCCACAUCACCCUGUGCUGAAAGAGACCAGCACAACAACAAAAACCAGAGUGGUUUUCGAUGGCUCCAGCAAAACGUCAUCCGGUUAUUCGCUCAACCAAUCCCUAUGUAUUGGACCCGUUGUGCAAGACGACCUCUUGACCUUGAUCAUCCGCUUCCGAAAAUACCCGAUAGCCAUGAUUGCGGAUAUUGAGAAAAUGUACCGCCAGGUACAGGUACAUUCUUCCGAUGCUCCUCUCCAACGAAUAUUAUGGAGAUUUAGUCCUUCCGAACCAUUGCUCACUUAUGAGCUCCAGACCGUCACCUAUGGACUAGUUCCUUCAUCUUUUCUCGCCACUAGAACGCUACAGCAGCUUGCUGAAGAUGAUGGUGACGUUUAUCCUCUGGGAGCCGCUGCAUUGAGAAAGUCGUUUUACGUUGAUGACUAUAUAGGUGGAGCAGGCUCGAUUCCUGAAGAUAUCGAGUUGCGCAACGAGUUGACCAAACUGCUGGCAAGAGGUGGUUUCCCGCUGCGAAAGUGGACGUCAAAUAAGUUAGAAGUUCUCCAAGGUUUGUCCACCGACGAAAUUGGUACCCAGUCAACCCACAAGUUUGACCCAGAUGAGACCGUGAAGACCCUUGGAAUUUUGUGGGAGCCUGCAUCGGAUCAGUUUCGCUUCGAUCUACAAAUGCACUGCGUCACGACGCACGUGACAAAACGGGCAAUCCUUUCCGCUGUGUCACAGCUGUUUGAUCCGCUAGGACUAAUAGGGCCCGUAGUUGUGAGAGGGAAAAUGAUGAUUCAGGAACUGUGGCUAGCAUCAUACUCCUGGGACGACGAGGUUCAGGAACCCAUAAAAAAGAAGUGGGAAGAGUUCUACGACGAAUUACCAAGUUUGUCCGAGUUUCGCAUUGACCGAUUCGCGUUUGCUCCGAAUUCCACCAUUCAGUUGCACAGUUUUGCGGACUCCUCCGAGGCUGCCUACGGUGCCUGCACUUACGCCCGUACUGUGGACUCCGAAGACAAUGUGCGCAUCCAACUGUUAGCAGCCAAAUCUCGAGUAGCACCCUUAAAGCGACUAACCCUACCGCGAUUGGAGCUUUGUGCAGCUUUGAUCGCCACACAGCUGCAUUCUCGCAUCAUAGAAGCACUGCAAAUGGGAACCGUCGAAUCCUUCUACUGGUCGGACUCCACCGUGGUGCUACAGUGGCUUAGAACUCCUCCAAGUUUGCUUAAGCCAUUCGUGGCCAACCGAGUCUCGGAGAUACAAACCUCCACGCACAGAUCGCAUUGGCGGCAUGUAUCUGGAAUCCAGAACCCGGCGGAUCUUGUAUCCAGAGGAAUGCAUGUGAAGGACCUCCUUACCAGCUCGCUUUGGAAGAACGGUCCUGAAUGGUUAACCUGGCCUGAAGCGGCUUGGCCGACACCGAAAAUUAAGAUUUCACCCGAAGCAGAACAUGAAUGCAAGCGAAUAAUGACUGUUGUAGCCACUACUGCACCAGUUUACAAUCCAAUUUUUACAUUAUACCGCAACUUUUCACGUCUGGUAAGAAUACUUGCCUACUGCCGAUGUUUUAUCCAUAAUCUGCGCGACAAGGUUCGAACGCAACCCGUACAUUUAACAGGUUCCGAGCCAAGAAUGUCGCUUUCCGUAAAGCAAAUCUCCCACACUAAAACACAUCUUGUUAGACUGGCUCAAGCCGACUGUUUUCAAGACGAAAUUCGUGACCUUCGUCAAGGACGACCUUUGAAGAAGAGCUCUCCGAUAAGACUGCUGAAUCCAUUCGUCGAUACUGAGGCCUUGCUCCCUAGCUUUCAUCCCCUCGCCAAGCUGAUAGCCAAAUCCUUCCAUUACAAACUGGUUCAUGGUGGCGGUCACGUCACCCUAUCGAACAUGCGUGAGGAGUAUUGGCCAUUACAAGGACGAAGACUAGUACGCAGCGUCAUCAGAAACUGCUACCAAUGCGCUCGAGCCAAUCCCGUUCCAGUCCAGCAACAAAUUGGUCAGCUGCCUGCCCAGCGGAUCACUGCCAGCAAGCCGUUUGCUGUUACCGGUGUGGAUUACACCGGUCCAGUUUAUUUAAAGCCGAUCCACAAACGAGCUCAACCGACGAAGGCAUACAUCUGUCUAUUUGUCUGCUUCACGACGAAGGCAGUGCAUCUAGAGCUUGCCGGUGACCUCUCAACAGUAGCCUUCCUCAAGGCAUUCCGCCGUUUUGUAUCUCGCCGAGGUCGACCAGCACACCUGCAUUCCGACAAUGGGAAGAACUUCAUUGGGGCCAAAAAUGAGCUGCACCAAAUCUACCAAAUGCUCCACAGCCAGCAGGAGAUGGAAAAAAUCCAGAAAGUAUGUGCCGAAGAAGAAAUCAUUUGGCACUUGAACCCACCGAAGGCGCCUCAUUUCGGUGGGCUUUGGGAAGCGGCAGUCAAGGUUGCCAAAACCCACCUGUACCGUCACCUCGGGAACACCUUGCUGUCGUUUGAGGACCUGUCUACAGUUUUAGUAGAAAUCGAAGCUGCGAUGAACUCGCGGCCACUUGUUCCGAUGACCGAAGACCCGAACGACUUCUCCGUUCUGACGCCAGCACAUUUCAUUAUCGGAUCGACAAUGCAUUCCCUGCCCAGUCCCAACGUUUGCGACUUCCCAUGGUCGCGGCUUGACCACUAUCACCAGCUGCAGCAGUUAUAUCAGCAGUUCUGGCACCAUUGGAGAACCGAGUACCUCCAGGAACUCCAAAAGGACACCAGAAGCUGCCAACCAAACGCCGCAAUUACGCCUGGCAAACUAGUGGUGGUCAUCGAUGAAUUCCAGCAUCCAGUUCGUUGGCCACUCGCCCGGAUUGAGGCUGUCCAUCCAGGCACAGAUGGACUUGUUCGCGUGAUGACGCUACGCACGCCGAGAGGAACCAUCAAGCGCCCAGUCACAAAGAUCUGCAUAUUGCCAACAGACCAAGAAGAUUAA